UUGCGGUGAUCCUUGAGCUGCAGGGUAGGAAGGAGUCGCCCCCUAUAAAAGCAGGUGCCCCUCCGCGGGCGCUCCGUUCUUGCUCGUCGUCCUCACACACAAACACACCGACCGCUUUCAAUACACACGCAUCCGACAUGCACGCCGCUCUCAUCGUUUUCGCCAGUAUGGCGGCUGUGGUGCUCGGCUUGAGCCCCAGCACAACUCCCGUGCCCAUCCUGAAGCAGAUCAACCGUCACAACGACGACGGAUCCUACAGCUACGGCUACGAGGGCGCUGACGGAAGCUUCAAGAUCGAGACCAAGUACACAACCGGUGAGGUCUACGGCAAGUACGGAUACAUCGACAGCGACGGAGAGCGUCGCGAGAUUGAGUAUGGAGCCAGCAAGCGCGGAUUCGAGCCCGCCGGAACUGGCAUCAACGUGCCCCCCGUUUCCGUCGGCUCCUCUGCCAACCAGGUUGACAACUCUGACGACUACGACGAUGGCUCUUACCGCGAGGACCCCCGCAUCUACAACGAGUAUGAGCCCCAGUACACUGGCAACAACCCCAAUCCUGCCAACCGCCGCCUCGCCCCCGCCUCCACCGCCGUGUUUGGCGCUAGGCCUGUCGCCGCUGCUCCCGCUCCUGCCCCCGCGAGGGCCGUUCCCCAGCAGCAGCCCGUCUACCAGCAGAGGGUGUACUCAGCCCCUGCCGCCCCCGUGGCUGCCGUCAACCCCCAUGCUGGACACAACCCCUUCUACGGCCACCCUGCCACCAACCUGAACCUGAACACCGGCUCAUACUCCAUCUCUUACUCCGGUUGAGAGAAAGCCUCCCUCGCUGACACCCCCAAACUCUACUCUCUGUGAUCUCCCUGCUCGUAACCCCCCCCCUCACGCACGGGGGCACCGCUAUCCCACAGCAUCACCUCACACACGCUCUCGAAGAGCAGCUAUACUUUGCCACGAGGGUUAAUUCCGCCUUCUAGUCUCUCAGCGCCAGAGAUUCCAGCACACAAAAUGAUUAAUCGCUCCUUCGUUCUAGACACAACCAACAGCGGUGCUCUCGCCACGACUUCUUCAGGCGUGGCCAGCUAUUUUAUUUUUGUACUGGAGAACGUGUAAAUAAAUCAAAAUGAUUUUAAAA